UUGAAAAGCUCGUUUCCCGCGUCUCCUCCGAGGCGCCUCUCUUCAAUGGGAGCCCAAACCCUAGGGCAGAAAGGGGAGGGGGGGAAAGCAAGGAGAAGCGGCUGCUCCAGUCACCCUCCCUCAGUCUCCGGGACCAACGAAGCCCGCCCUUUCAGGGUUGAGCUCCGCCCUCUUUGGCCCGUUAUAGUGCGUGAGGGGGCGGGAGCGCCUGAGAGUCGCGGGCUGUUGAGCGCCUAGGGGGUAGAAAGAAGCGCCGCGUGUCUGGGUCGCUGCUUGCAACAGAUCUUUAAAUACCCAUUGAAUUACAUCAGACAAAAUGCCGCCACCAAUUGGAGGCCCAGUUGGAUACACGCCACCUGAAGGAGGAUGGGGUUGGGCUGUGGUUGUUGGUGCCUUUAUUUCUAUUGGGUUUUCGUAUGCAUUUCCCAAAUCCAUUACAGUAUUCUUUAAGGAGAUAGAAAUAAUCUUUGAAGCAUCAAGCAGCAAAGUUUCCUGGAUCUCUUCUAUUAUGUUGGCAGUUAUGUAUGCAGGGGGCCCAAUCAGCAGCAUCCUGGUGAACAAAUAUGGCAGCCGUCCAGUCAUGAUUGCCGGGGGCUGCCUGUCAGGCUGUGGUCUGAUCGCUGCCUCUUUCUGUAAUACUGUAGAAGAGUUGUACUUCUGUGUUGGUGUUGUGGGUGGUCUGGGCCUUGCAUUUAAUUUAAACCCAGCUUUAACCAUGAUUGGCAAGUAUUUCUAUAAGAAGCGUCCUUUGGCUAAUGGAUUAGCCAUGGCUGGCAGCCCUGUAUUCCUGUCUACUCUGGCUCCUCUGAACCAAUAUUUCUACAGUAUUUUUGGAUGGAGAGGGAGCUUUUUAAUUCUUGGAGGCCUUUUGUUGAACUGCUGUGUAGCUGGGGCAUUGAUGAGACCAAUAGGACCUAAGCCUGAUCAAGUGAAAAAAGAAAUUAAUAAGGAAGCAUUGCAGGAGAUGGGCAAAGUGACAAGAAAAGAAGGAGGAGAUGUUAAUACAGAUCUUAUUGCUGGCAAAAAUAAAAAGCAAAAGACUACAGCCUUCCAAACAAUUAACAAGUUUUUGGAUUUGUCGCUCUUCACACAUCGUGGCUUCUUGCUUUACCUGUUUGGCAAUGUGUUUAUGUUUUUUGGACUAUUUACACCAUUAGUGUUUCUCAGCAACUAUGGAAAGAGCAAGAAUUUCUCUAAAGAAUCUUCAGCUUUACUGUUAUCUAUUCUGGCUUUUGUAGACAUGGUUGCCAGACCAUCCAUGGGUUUGGUGGCAAACACUAAGUGGAUUAGACCUAGAGUCCAAUAUUUUUUUGCUGUGUCUAUUAUCUACAAUGGAGUAUGCCACCUUUUGGCUCCUUUAUCUACUAGUUAUGCUGGGUUUUGUAUCUAUGCUGGAUUUUUUGGAUUUGCUUUUGGCUGGCUGAGCUCUGUCUUGUUUGAAACACUGAUGGACUUAGUUGGGACUCAGCGAUUCUCUAGUGCCGUUGGUUUGGUGACUAUCGUGGAAUGUUGCCCUGUCCUUUUGGGACCACCUCUUUUAGGUAAACUCAAUGAUAUAUAUGGUGACUACAAAUACACUUAUUGGGCAUGUGGCAUCAUCCUUAUUUUCUCUGGGAUCUUCCUAUUUAUUGGGAUGGGCAUCAAUUACCGAUUAGUGGCAAAAGAGCAGAAGGCAAUGGAUAAGCAGGCUGCUGAAAGAAAAGAAGAAGAAACCAAUAUUGAUGAAGCUGAAAAACAAAAGGAGUCCAACAAAGUGGUUAAUCUACCUCCCAAAACCACAGAAGAUGCUAUAAAAGAAGACAGUCGUGUAUGAGAGACUCAUAAAUCCAGAAGGUUUUGUAAUAAUUAAAAAAUACUGACAUGUUUGAAGGAACUACUGGUCUUAAUGAACAGUGGUGGAAAAUUAUAUAAACUGGGCUUUUUAAAAAAAUACAAAACCUGAUACUGCAGAUAGUAUUUUUAUCAACACCUGAUGAGCAACAGGUCAGUGGGCAGUGCUAGCUUUUUAGUAGGGUUUUUUGUGGGGGUUUGGGGGGGAUGUGUACUCUGCUUCUCUCUUAUCAGCAGUGUGAAUGUACUAAUAUGUGCCUUAGAGUUUCCAUGUCUAGACUAUUUUAGCAAAGCCUUAACACUGUUCUGUAAAUUGUUGGGAGUUGUUUUUUGUUUGUCUCCCUAGGCAAUAUUCAUAAAAGAUACCUGACUUGCUUUAUUAGUAGGGAUCAAAGUUGGGUGUUAACCAUUUCCUAUGCUCCUUACUGACAGUCUCAUGGUAGGUGUUCAAAUAUCUUGGAGAAAAAAAUGAAGAAAAGGUUGGCGGAUCCUUUAAAAAAUAAUAAUAAUUAUAUGGCAGACCUAAUGUUUCUGGAUCCAGGAUUCAAGAUAACUUCAUUGUGUUUCUAAUAACUUCUAAAAACUUACCCAACUUCUUGUUGGACUUCUUUGAAUAAAAUAUGUGAACAUUUUCAUACUGUCUUCACUUGACUUUAUCUGGAGAGGAAAUUUAGUUUUUAAUUACUAUUACUUUUUGGUUUGUUACAUGUUUUGAAAAAGUACUAUUAUCCUGAAUUGAAACUGGGAUCUGUGUAAGAGGAUAGUGCAUGCAAUUAUUGAACAAAGCUAAAGAUGCAGUAUUUUCAUUAACUAUUUAAGCUUUGAAAUAAGAAAUUCUAAGGAUAUUGCCAAACAUGCUUACUUAGAAGUAAGCCUCAUUGAAAUCAAUAUUGCUUACGUUUAGAUAAUGAUAAAUUUGCACUAUUACCAAGAAUAGUGAUACUGAUAUCUAACUUUCACUUACCAAUUAUGCUAUUUCCAAAGGGAUAUAUAUAUAUAUAUAUAUAUAUAUUGUACUGUGGCUUUUAAAAAAAACUUGGUUGUGGGGGUGGGGCAAUAUUUCUCCUUAUUUUGUAUAGUGAGAGAAUGUUGUCUUAACACAGCUAUAGUGCCAGAACAAAUAACAUUUUGUUAAACUGCUCAGCAUAGAUAAAAUAGAUAAAGUUUUUCAUAUUUUUCAUGUUGACUCACUCUGAGUGGAUUAUAUUUUAAUAUAUAUAUAGCUGCUCAACUUUAUUUUUAACUUUGUACAAAGUAGAAACCUGUGUGUUCCUUGUAUUGAAAAAUCUCACAUUUCGAGGACAGGUGGAAAACAGAUUUCUGAUCACAAGCCAGGUCUUCAGAAAAUCAAUCAAAAGUUUAGAUUAUGUAAACUAUGUUUGCAUAGUUCACCCAUUAAAUGUGACUAGUUCUUUUCCUAUUUCAGUUUUUUGUAUAGUAAUUCAAAAUGUAUAGGAGCAAAUCUGUGGAACUCCUUGAGAGAUGAUUGGUUUAAAUGAUCUAUUGUAAAAUAUUACUCUACAAAUGUCAUAAUUACUUAAUUUCCUGAAAGCUAGAAAAAUUAUUGAUAGAAAUAUUCCUUUUGCUUGCAAACUGGUGCUUGCUGUAGUGAAUGUAGUGUUUGAUGUCACUACUGGAGUGAAAAACAAUAUGCUGCUAGAAUCCUUUAAUAAAGAAACAUUUAAUAUUUCAAUAGACUAAUGGAGGAAUAUAUGACAUGUAAAAUUUCAUUUCUGAUUAUAUAUGUUAUGGUAUGAUGUGCUCUUGAUUGUCCUACACUACUGAAUCUCAUUUGUUACUGCUUAGACAAUGGACAAAAACUAGCAAAAUCUGUGUUCUUUAGUUCUAAAAUAGGACAAGAAAAAUAGAUAUUAGACUGCCAGGACAAGGCAGCGCAUAGAAAUACUAGUAAUGAAUAAUUCACUAACAUGUUAUAUGCUUAUUCCAUUUAAGAUUCAAUCUGCAUGAUUUAUAGCAUAGUUGUUUUAAAAACCUGAAUGUAGUCCUAUAUAAAUCAAACUGCAAUUAGUGUAAUUUUAUUAUUCCUUAAGAUGUUUUAGUACAUAGAGACAAAUAGGUAAUCAUAAAAUGGUGUCUGGCUUCUCAAUUGGAGGCUGUUCUUCAACAAAAGCUUUUAAAGUGAAUACAGGUUCUCUUCAAUUUUUUAGGUAUUGGCUUUGGAUAACAUUGCACAAAACAUUCUUUUGUAUAAAUUUGUGUAACUUAAUUUAGCAAUAUGCCAAGAAUGUAGAAAUUCCAGGUUAUGAUCUAUAUUGCUAUAUUCAUGUGGUUGUGCAAACUAAUACAUUUUCAGUUCUCUUUGCAGAAUGCGUGCCAUUUCCUUUAAGAAUCCCCAGUUGUAGUUCAGGCAUUUUAUCACAUUCCCACAUGUUCUUAUAGUAGAACAAGAAAAAAACAUUUGUAUGAUGUAAAGGCAGUACCUGUGAGAUCUAGAAAUAUCUUUCUAGCAUGUAAGAUGAUAUGUGACUGAGUUGCUCAAGAAGCUAGUAAAGUGUAAAAACAAAAACAAAAAAGAGCACAAGGCAUAUACAGGAUAGUUCUUGGUAGUUCCAGAAAUAAAUAAUGACUAAUAUGAUCUUUUGAAGAAUUUUUCACUCCCCAUGUAGACCUACUUGUCUUUAAGUACUAAUUAUAACAUGAUGCUCUACUCCCUUUCCACUAACUGAAAUUAGUAGAUUGAAAUAUUAUUUAAUAAGUUUGAUCCCUAAUGUUUGUUCAUGUGUGAUGCAAAGUUUGUAUAAACCAAAUUGAAAAUAAAUUACUUUUCACUU